AUGGCGAACAACUACGCGCAUCCGCCGCCGAUGCAACAGCUUCCAGGCAUCAACUUCACCCCAUAUGCGCAAAAUGGCCAGCAACCCCCGUUCCCAGCAUUCCCGCCUCCCGAUCCCAGUCUCUGGGCCCUAUUCCAGAAUGGCUCUUUCCCUCCAGGUCCACCAAACUUUCCGCCGCCGCCGCCCUUCCCCAACAUGGCGUUCCCCCCGUCUUCGCUGCCUGCGCCAUCUUCUCUGCCUCCACCUCUACCUCCACCUCCAGAGCGCAUACAAGAGGUCAUGGAUAGCGACCGUGAAGACGGCGAGCUGAGCGAAGGCGGCAGCCAACCGCCGACGCUCAUGGACAAGCUACAACAGGAUCGCGACGCGGCCAAGCAGUUCAUCAAGCUCUUGCAUAGCAACAACGUCACUUACCGCGCUCUAGCUCACGAACAGCUUGAUCCCGAGCUGCUGAGGGGGCUGUACCAGAGUGCGAAUCUGCCAUCGGAGCCUGCGCCCAUUCUGCCACCCAAGGGUACUGAUGGCGCUGUUUCCAAGGCGCCUUCCGUUCAGCCACUAACCCCGGUUGCGCAAGAUACGCCCAAGUCUACCGCGUCGCCAAAUGGCCCAGGCCAUCGUCAAGAUUACAUUGCACGUCUCCAGGCCGCAAAGGCUGCGAAACAGGCCGCCGCCAAAACCACUACUCCUGCGCCAGCUACCAGGACACCACAGCCUGCGACCCCGCCUACUUCUAAGCCGCCUGUGACAGACGAACAGAGAGCCCGUAAUACCGAGUUGAUUAAGCAGCGCUUGGAAGCUAUUAAGGCGAGACAGAAGCCGCCAGUUACGCCAGGGUCGCAGACACCCACGAAUACCGCCUACAUGCCAUCAUUCUCUGCCAUCCCAGGUCUCUUCAUGAAUGCGUCUUCGACGUCCAAUACGCCCGGUCCAGUCGUACCUCAACCGCCGUCCUCCUUACCAAUUUCUGUCACUCCUCACACCCGGCCUCUGGGUCAGUCUCCGCAUGCUGACCAAGAAGAUGAUUCGAUGAUAAUAGACGUCAGCGAAGAUGAGUCCAACGGCAGCGACAUGGACAUCGACGACGACCAAGCCCCUCCCCAAGCAAGCCAGAAUUCGCACCUGGGUUCUGGCAAUCUUCCUAACUUUCAUUCUGGCGCGCCACCUGCGACCCCAUCAGCCGCUACUGUCGGCACGCCUGGCGCGCAGACUCCUAAUACGGUCGCGCGCGAGAAGGAGCUAGUGGACAAGGAAAAGCAACUGGUGGCCAUGCGGGAGACACUUAAGAGGAAGCUCGCGGAAAAGCGAGAGCGGGACAGGUUGGCGGCAGCUACCACUGCCGGGGCAUCGCCUUCCUCGGUUCAAAAGCCUUCAACGCCAGUGUCAUCUCUCCAGACCUCUACCCCAGCUACGCUUCCCACAUCGAUAACCGAGCAUGCCACAUCAUUACCAACACGUUCGCAUGAUGCCAAAGACCCACACCGUGUUCGCCGAGCGGAGAUCCAAUCCAGGCUGCCUACCUUGGAUGCCGAGAUUGCAAACAACGCAAGUAGGAUGGCUCAACUGACCAAGGAGUUGGAGCAGCUGACAGCGCAGAAUGAGAGGAUUGCAAGGGACAAGGAGCAGCUGACCAAGGAGCUGGAGGAUCUUGGUGUUGACACAGAGGGUAUGUCUCAUGCACAACUACGUGCCAAGAAAGAUGAAAUCGAGGGCGAACAAUUUCCAGACUCCAACACAUCUUCAAGAGAAACCCAGCCCGCAUCGCAGUCUGCAUUCAACAAACCUUCUCCGGUUCAACCUCAAGCUUCAUAUCAACACCCGCCAGUGCACACCACGCUUCCUGGACUUGGACAGGGCACAACCCAGCCUGAUAUCUCAACAGGGUCACAUAGUCUGGAUCACACUCGAUUGCCAGAACAGGUUAUGCAUGAAGAUGCCACUGUAAAGCCGGUCGGUGCUUCGCAGGUGUUGUCUCAACAAAACGACAUCUACUCAGCACAGCACCUGCCUGUCAACGGCAUCAUGACCCCUAAUGUUCCAGCGCCAGCUGACACUGACGUGCAAACUGCAAUUGAGGUAGCUGAGGCCGGUGCUAAUGCUGCCGGUGACCAAGGAACUCAACAGCCUACCACUGCGCCUUCGCCGUCAGAAGAAGGAGAAGAAGUCGACAUGUCCGUUUCCGAAGGCGAUGAUGACGAGGAAGAGUACGAACCGGAAUACGAGCCGGAAGAACCUGUCGUCGUCGCUGAAGUACCUUUGGCAGAGGAAGUUGAGGCCCAGACCAAACCUGAGUUUUCUCUCGCAACCUCGCCAGCCGGUACGCAAGAAGAAGACGCCUAUGAGCCGCCCGACGUCGAUGAAGAUGUCCUGGAGGUCCAGGGCAGCGAGGAUGCCACCGCAAACCUCGACGUGCCCACGGGUCAGGCUGAAGCGGAAGAUGGUGCUAUGGAUAUCGCUACAUCAUCUGAUGAAAGCUCAGAUGACAGCGAAUCAGAUGAUGAAUCUACUCCAGAGCCGGAUAUUGAGACUAUAUCAGCAAAGAACCCGUCAUAUCAGGACGCUGAAACGGCUGAUGAUCUAGCGCCCGAGCUGCAACGACCAGAGGUAACGUCUACGGCGACCGCUGGCGAACCUGUGUCUGUGUCUGAGAUAAUCGAAGAACCAGAACCGCCCAGGUUCACACCGUACGAAAGCCCGCUUCGAAUGUUCAAGUCUUACCGCUAUCAUCCCUCUUAUGCUCAAGAUGUACAAGGUGGCUUCUUGUCCCUGACUUUUAGUCAUCAGAUAAACCCAGAGAAGCCUCUCUGCCAGUACGAAUCAACUGGUGGCGUAUGCAAUGACCCUGAGUGCCCUGAUCAGCACUUCAGGGAGGUUGUUAUUACUGGUGACAGACUACUUGUCCAGCUCGGAACAGCAAAUCCUGGCAAGACAUCCGAGGAGAAGCAGCGCUGGAACGACGGUCUCCGCGGCGUGCUCAAGGAUCUCCGCCAGAAAAACAUCAAGGACCCCAACAGUAUUGCCGCGGCGAUUGCGAGUUUCCGACGUGAAUUUCUCCAGGAUGAUACUCGGGUUGUCAACAUGUAA